AAUAAAGUCAACAAGCUCUGUCUUCAGGCAUCUGUUACACGUUCAGUUAGAACUGCCACUUGCCAUCAAGGCAAUGAAUCACAAAAGUUCAGGUGGAUCACAGAUCAUCAGCUUAUGAGUGUGAAACUGAAAUUUUGCCUGGGGGUGCCAUUGAAGAAAGAUCAGGCUAUGGUCACUCUGUAUCCAUGUAAUCAAACAAGUGAGCUCCAGUGGUGGGAAUGCAGAAAUGAAAGCCUCCUUGCAAUCCAAGGAGAAGAUUUGUUUUUCAGUCCUGGCAAUGAAGAAUAUGAUAACAUUUUGUUAAAGAAGGGGCUGAGUGCAAAGAGUCAGUGGAAAAUCUAUGGGGCCAUGGAUGUUUUAUGUUCCCAGGGAUAUGAAGAGACCUUUACACUGCUGGGAAAUGCUUUUGGGGCGCCCUGUGUGUUCCCUUUCAUGUACAAGGAGCAGUGGUAUGCGGAGUGCACGGCCGCCGGCCGGACAGACGGCUGGCUCUGGUGUGCAACCACUGCUGACUAUGACACAGACCAGCGAUAUGGAUUCUGCCCAUCAAAAGAUAAAGACAGUACCUGGACUACAGACCCGUUGACAAAUGUCCACUACCAAAUAAACUCUGACUCGGCUCUCACGUGGCACCAAGCCAGGAGGAGCUGUCAGCAGCAAAAUGCAGAACUAUUGAGUAUCACAGACAUUCAUGAACAAACAUACCUUAAGGAAUUAACUGAAGGUACAGAUUCUGCACUGUGGAUUGGACUCAACAGACUGGACUUGAGGAGUGGAUGGGAGUGGAUUGGAAGCAGCCCUUUCCAAUACUUAAACUGGGCUCCAGGAAGCCCCUCUCCAGAAUCUGGAAAAAUUUGUGCGGUUUUGAAUCCUGAAACAAAAGCUAAAUGGCAAAAUUGGGAAUGUGAUCAGAAACUUGGUUACAUUUGUAAGAAAAAGAACUUUACCUUGGUUCCUUCAGGUGAUGUUGGGCCUGUUACUUGCCCAGGUGGGUGGGUGCCAUAUGUAGAUCACUGUUACAAGAUCUUCAGGGAGAGCAAAGGAUGGGAAGCAGCUUUGACCUCUUGUCAGAAGCAAGGGAGUCACCUGGCCAGCAUCCGAAACCUUGAGGAGCACAGCUUUGUGGUAUCUCGGCUUGGGUACAAACCAACAGACAAGCUAUGGAUUGGGCUGAACGACCGUAAGGUUCAAAUGUAUUUUGAAUGGACUGAUGGUACCCCAGUGACAUACACAAAAUGGCACCUGGGAGAGCCAUCCACCACAAACAACAGGCCAGAAGAUUGUGUACUGGUCAAAGGCCAGGAUGGCUAUUGGGCAGACUCUGUCUGUGAGAAGAGAGCUGGCUACAUUUGUAAAAGAAAGGCAAUAGCUAAUGAAAAGGAAAUUACUGAUGCAGGUUGCAAAAAUGGCUGGAGCAGGUAUGGGACCUACUGUUAUUUUAUUGGACAUGUUCCAGCAACAUUUUCAGAAGCAAACACCACUUGCGAAGGAGAAGAAGGUUAUUUGGCCACAGUUGAAAGUAGGUAUGAGCAAGCCUAUCUGACUAGCCUUGUUGGGCUGAGGCCUGAGAAAUAUUUCUGGCUUGGCCUCUCUGAUGUCGAGAACCAAGGCACUUUCAGGUGGGCCGAUGGUGAAGCGGCCUCCUUCACGCACUGGGAUGCAGGAAUGCCUGGAAGUAGUCCAGGAUGUGUAGCCAUGAGAACUGGAACUGCGGCUGGAUUAUGGGAUGUUCUGGACUGUGAGACAAAGCAAAAAUAUAUCUGUAAGCAGUGGGCAAAGGGUGCAACAAUUCCACCUAUUACAACUACUGCUCUGGUGCCCACAUGCCCUGAAGGUUGGAUAUCAAACAACCAUAGAAGUUCCUGUUUUAAAUGUUUUCACAGAUCACAUACUAAUAAGAAAUCAUGGUUUGAAGCUCGAGAUUUUUGCAGACAAAUAGGAGGAGAUCUGGUCAGCAUUAACAGUAAAGAGGAGAUACCGUUACUAAUAAAAGCAAUAUAUGCCUCUCACUGUAGUUUUGAAACUGUUUGGCUCGGUAUAUUUUCUUUGAAUCCAGAUGAAGGAUUUGCCUGGAGUGAUGGUUCUCCAGUUAGGUACACAAACUGGGAUGACAGCUCAAGAAAUUCAGGAGGACACAAGUUCUGUGGCUCACUUCGUUUUUCGUCUUCUAAGCAAUGGUCUCUUUCGGUCUGUGAAGUACAGCUUGACUGGUUUUGUCAAAUAAAACAAGGAGUGCCAUUAAAAUCUGAACCAAUUGACACAUACGCAUACAAAACCACUGCAGAUGGAUGGGUCAUAUAUGAAGAUAAGCUCUACUAUAUCAGCAAAGAACAGGUCUCCAUGGAAAAAGCCCGAGAGUUUUGCAGGAUGAAUUCUGCAGACCUAGCUGUUGUUAAUAGUAACAGUGAGAGAAGGUUCUUAAAGAGAGCGCUACAAGAAAAUGAGCCAUACUGGAGAAAGUCAAGUGCAUACUUCAUUGGUCUAAAAGUAAGCCUUGAUAAAAAGUUUAGCUGGAUAGAUGGGACUCCAGUAACCUAUGUGGCCUGGGCUCCUAAUGAACCUAACUUUGCAAAUAAUGAGGAAAACUGUGUGGUAAUGUUGUUAGGGCAUGGCUUGUGGAAUGACAUAAACUGCGGCUCCUCCAAUAAAUUUAUAUGUGAGAAACAUAACAGUUCUAUUAAUUCAACGUUUGCUUCACCACUGCCUCCUGGAGGAUGUCCUGAAAGUUGGGUUUUCUUUGGCAACAAGUGUUUCAAAGUAUUUUCUUCCAAUACAACAAGAAAGCUCAUGUGGCAUGAUGCACGAGAUGCUUGUAUCAGUCUGGGAGGAAACCUGGCUACCAUACCAAAUGAACAUGUACAAGCUUUCCUCUUCUAUCAUUUGAAGGAUGCCACAACUGAUGUUUGGAUUGGGUUGAACGACAUCAACAAGCAGUCCACAUUUCUUUGGACGGAUGGAAGCACUGUUUCCUACACCAACUGGGUUAAUGGUGCCCCAGAACAGAAACAAAGCUACUUUGACUAUUAUGACUUUGAAAGUUUGACAGAUGUCACUGUGGAGACAGAUUGUGUGUUUGUCAUGAAGUCAGAUGGGAAAUGGAGGGAUGAUAGCUGUGACAACGACAGAGGCUACAUAUGCCAGAUGAAUUCACUUCCCACAGAGCCUGAAGUACCAACAACAAACCCACCCUCUGGCUUUGCCCAUUAUGGUGGCAGUAGCUAUUCAAUCAUUUCAUCUGAAAUGCAAUGGGAAGAGGCCAGAAAAAAUUGUCAAGACAAAUCUGCAGAACUUGCCAGAAUUUCAGAUGCCUACAUCCAUUCAUUCCUGUGGAUCCAGAUGUUGAAAUAUGGAAAACCCGUAUGGAUUGGUCUUCAUAGCAAUAUGACUGGUGGCUAUUACAAAUGGACCAAUAACUGGAAAAUCAGAUACACGAAAUGGGCAGCAGGGGAACCAAAGGAGAAAAAUGCUUGUGUCUACCUGGAUCUUGAUGGUACUUGGAAAACAGCAUCUUGCAAUGAAAGCUACUCUUCAGUUUGCAUGAUAUCAGAUGAGAUGGCUCCUACUGAUCCUGCUCAGCUGCCUGGAGACUGCUCUGAAGGAGAUGAACUCCAGGCUUGGAUCCCUUUCCGUGGUCACUGCUACUACUUUGAAGCAUCAGCUGAGAGAAGCUGGGCGCUGGCCUCCCUUGAGUGUGCUCGGUUAGAUGCUACCUUGGUUUCAGUAGAAAACAUGGAUGAAUCCGACUUUCUGAUCCAUGCAAUUCAGCCACUUGGAAAUAAAGAAGGAGGCUUCUGGAUAGGACUUUACCAAAAUGUGGAUGAUCAGUGGUUGUGGCUAGAUAAUGCUGCACUGGACUUUGUUAACUGGGAGGAGAAAGAAUUUGAUGUGGAGCAUCGGUGCGUUGAAAUAACUGCACCAUCUGGUUAUUGGGACAACAGUGAUUGCUCUUCUGAGAAAGGAUUUAUCUGCAAAAAACCCAAAGUCGAGCCAAGCAGGAGUCCUAUACAGCAAAAAGGCAAGGAAGAGAAUGAAGAGACUCACCCACCUGUUCAUGUCUCUGUUUGGUUGCUCAUUUUCUUGGCUAUUUUAACUCUCCUUGGAGCUGGCAUGUCAGCCUAUUUCUACAAAAGAAAAAGACAAAACCACCUAUCAACAGAUCCUGGCAAUGAGACGUUAUAAAAAUGAUGUGUCAGUGACUGAAGAAUUGGUGAGAAUGGGUCCUGUGGCAUGUACCAAUUCAGAGAAGCGAGUUACUUGCUGAAACUAAAGGAUAUAUCUGUUAAAAGUCUCUAGUGAGACCCUUAAAUGAGAUCUACUGUAAUCUUAAACUAAAUCCCUUUUCUCUUUUUGCACUAGCUGAUUCUUUUCUAUCAUGCAUAUUUUACAAAAUCAGAAUUAUGUAUUGAUGUUGUAAUUUUUGAACAGUCAAAUUCUCAAGUGCCUUCUUAAAGACACUAAUGCAAAAAAACUUGUAAAAAACAAAUACAUGAAAAAAGACUAUAAAAGUCAACUAGAGAGAAUGAAAGUCCAGUCUGAAUGCUAUUUAGAACUGUAUUCCCAUGAUUUUGUGGACACUGGCAAGAACUCAAAAAUUGAAUUCAUUUUGCCCCACAAAAUUCACUACAUCAGACCAACCCUUUUAUUGUUCCUUAUGGCUGCAUCCUAUUACACUUACAAAACAGUACUUCAUAUACUUAUCUCAAAUAUCUUUGGGAUAGAAAACCUUGUCAUUUUCAUUUUCUGAAAAUACAGAGGAAAAUACAGUACAUGGUAGCAAAGGAUAUUAAGCUCAGGUGUAGGCUUUAACCUUUUUUUCAAUCCAAUAAUAUGAUUGUUUUUAUAAUGUUCACUAAUAUGAAUUA